AUGAAGGAGAAUAAGGCGGUAGAAAACGCUCUGGCGACUAUAGGGGCGGUCAUGUGGAUGGUUCAGAUCCUACCUCAGAUCGUAAAGUCCUACCGGACAAAGUCAACCUUGGGACUAUCGGCUCUUCUCAUGCUCAUAUGGGCCAUCGCCUCUCUCUUCCUCUCAACGUACAUUGUCGUGCAACGUCUAUCGAUACCGCUACAAAUCCAGCCUCAAGUUUUUGGCGUCCUCUGUGCUGUCAGCUGGUCACAGUGCCUUUACUACCAGCACAAAUUCACUCGACUUCAGGCUAGCUUGUGCCUUUUGGCCUUUUGCGUGGUGUUCGCAGGUUUUGAGGCGGGCAGUGUGUAUGCCCUAUGGGCCGGACAGAGGAAUGGCACUGACGCCCCCAUUCUCUUCUACGGAUAUACGAGUAGCGUCUUGUUGGCCGUAGCUCUUCUUCCUCAAUAUUGGGAGAUCUACAAACUAAAAGAGGUUGUCGGGAUCAGUUUGAUUUUCAUGGCUGUCGACAUGUUAGGCGGAAUUUUCAGCUUUUUGUCUCUCUUCUUCCGGCCCAAAUUGGACAUUGCCGCUUUUGUGUCCUACGCUUUGGUCGUCGUGCUGGAUGGGAUCGUCGUGCUCCUGGCUUUCAUCCUUAACCCCAUCACUCGUCGUCGACGAGAAAGAGAUGCUGUGUUAAGGUCAUCCGCACAAAGUUCACCUAUCGAACCAGCCAACGGUCCAAUGAGUCAAAUAUCUGGAAGUCCAACCAGGAUGUCACAAGUGAUUCCCCGUGAGAUCCUGGCAACCGAGCUCCGAGGACACGAGGAAGUAGUAGAAAAUUCAAAUCGCAACAGUGUAUAUCGUGAAGCAGUCUAG